GGGUAAAUAUUGUGAAUAUUGUGCUCACAGUUUGCAACACUUCAGACUUCUAAAAUGAUAUUUAUUUUAUUUAUUGGUUGUGUUGUGUUUUCGAGCGCAAGUGGCCGCUGCCCAGAUGGCUUUGUAAAGUUCGGGGCAUCGUGUUACUACUUUAGCAACGACGUUGGAACUUGGACAGGUUCGCAGGUUGUAUGCAGCCAGGCAUUCUUUCCAACAAAAGCGAAUCUUGUGGAAAUAAAUAGCCAGACAGAGAAUGAGUUCCUGUAUCAACGAGCUCGGGAAAAUAGAAAAUAUUACUGGGUUGGAGCCUCGGACUUGCAGAUUACAGGGAUGUACCGUUGGCUCAACUCGGGAAAAGUAGUGGCCGCCCCUGCUAUUUUCUGGGCACCAACCGAACCUCAAGGAGGAAGCGAACACUGCAUGGCAAUUGUGCACGACAGGGGUACAUCGAAUUGUUGGAUCGACAUCUCCUGUAACCAUCAGCUUAAUUUCAUCUGCGAAACUCCGGCGAAAUAAGCUCGAGUGUUUCAAGUCCAUGAUAUUUUUUACGGUCAUGGCAAAAUAUGAUACAACCAAGCACCAUUACUUUUAUUUCUUAUUUUAUAAGCUUUUUUUCCGUUAUUUCUUUCAAAAGACCAUCAUCUUAUAUAGUUAUUAUAUUGUCUAAGAUGCACGCAAUAAUAUGUAAAUUUCAAAAUUGCGCCCUAUCAAAUACUAUAUCAAGAUGCUAUAACAUGUUAUAGCACAAUUGAUAUAAAAUAUUGCAAAAACAAUGUCAAUCAUUGUAACAAACUUUUUGAUAGGUUUUUAUCAAAUAGCGUGUCUUUUUAACAGAACAUAUCGAACAAUACUUUUAGUUAUUUAACAAAAUAACAGCACAUUGUGUUUACAAAUUAAUGAUGAAACGAACAUUUUUACGUUUUGAAAAGAUAUCUAAACAAACCUUUAACACGGCAAAUUAACGCUAUUCCAAGUGCAUUCUCUUUUUUGCAUGCAAACAGUUAUUAAAGAUGAUUGUUAUAAAAUAUUGUCAUCGUGAAUCGAUUAUUAAUGUGGAAUUUAUGUGAGGUUUCCUUAUUCACCAAUACAUGUUACUUGAAAACAAAUUAAAUGUUACACGUAUUUUAAUAAUUUUCGUAAUGUCGAAAAGACAUUAUGAUAUUUUGACUCAAUUCUUAUUAAUUUUUUACUUCACUUUGAACGCAGAUAAACGAGUUUUUCAAAAUCGACAUAAAAAAUUACAUUCAAGAAGAUCAUCAUAACUUUACUUGGGUAUUUAAAUAGUAAGUAGAUAUGUACUAUUAUAAAAUACGAUGAUUACCUUAUAACUUGAGUUUUCUUUGUCCAAUAAAAACAU